CAGCUGUCGGGCAGCAGUUGUCCGGCCGUCCCGCAAGCCAUGUCAAAGUCUAAGUCUGUCACCGGAUGUUUUCUGGGGGCGAGUUGAAAGUUCGUCAUGGUUUCUCACUAUCAGGUGACGGUGAAGAGGGUUGAGGCGGUCUGCUGAUCGCAAGCCUUGGCUGCCAGCGCUGCGGCAACAUGAGCGAGUGCGCCGGGGAAGCGGAGGACAAGGACAGCGACUGUGGAUCCAUCGGGCUGGAGUUCGCUUACGGCGGGGAAGCCGAGUGCGAUGUUGAGCAGGCGGCCCUGGAGAACGGGGCAGAGACCGACCAAGAAAUGUACUUCAGUGAUGACUACUGCACAGAGGUCAAACCCAGGAUCCUCCUCAUGGGAUUGAGAAGAAGUGGCAAGUCUUCCAUUCAGAAAGUGGUCUUUCACAAAAUGUCACCGAAUGAGACGCUCUUCUUAGAAAGUACCAACAAAAUCUGCCGUGACGAUAUCUCCAAUAGCUCUUUUGUCAAUUUUCAUAUCUGGGAUUUCCCUGGGCAGAUUGAUUUCUUUGACCCAACCUUUGAUUAUGAGAUGAUCUUCCGAGGGACAGGAGCCUUGAUAUUUGUGAUUGACUCACAGGAUGACUACAUGGAGGCUUUGGCCAGACUGCAUCUUACAGUGUCCAGGGCUUACAAAGUAAACAAAGAUAUCAAUUUUGAAGUUUUCAUUCAUAAAGUGGAUGGCUUAUCUGAUGACCACAAGAUAGAAACACAAAGAGAUAUACAUCAGCGAGCAAAUGACGACCUCGCAGAUGCUGGUUUGGAACAAAUUCAUCUCAGUUUCUAUUUGACAAGUAUUUAUGACCAUUCAAUAUUUGAAGCAUUUAGCAAAGUGGUGCAGAAACUGAUUCCUCAACUUCCAACCUUAGAGAAUCUAUUAAACAUCUUUAUCUCAAAUUCAGGGAUUGAAAAGGCCUUCCUCUUUGAUGUAGUCAGCAAAAUCUACAUAGCAACAGACAGUAUGCCAGUAGACAUGCAAACUUACGAACUCUGCUGUGACAUGAUAGAUGUUGUUAUUGACAUUUCCUGCAUAUAUGGGCUCCGGGAAUUUGGUGGAGGAAGUACAUAUGACAAAGAAUCCGUGGCUAUCAUUAAACUGAACAACACGACUGUUUUGUAUCUCAAAGAAGUCACAAAAUUUCUUGGUUUAGUUUGUUUUCUUAGGGAAGAAAGUUUUGAGUGCAAAGGUUUGAUUGACUACAAUUUUCAUUGUUUCCGCAAAGCUAUCCAUGAGAUUUUUGAGGUACGCACGACCAUGCUGAGGCAUCGCAAGCAGCACAGAGGACUGCAGAGAAACAAACUGGUGACCCCCAACGGCACCCCCCGGCUUUUGUCCUAACGCUUGCCAUGCACACAAUGUUUCUAGUAGCAUGUAAAGUGAUGCUAAGUAGCUGAACUCGAAUGCCAAUGCACUGACAUGAGUGAAGAUUUGCUCAGGAUAUUAACUCCAGUAGAGAAAGCAAGCACUUUGUAAAAGGUAUAUUUUUCUUUAGCACAUACUGAAAUUAGUAUUUAUCAUAUUUAACCAUAUAUAUUACAAAUACAUUUCUAACAGCAAACAAAAGGCUACGGCAAUUUUUUCUCUCGAAUUGGGGAAAAAUUUGAAUCCAGUUUAAUAUGCUAUAGUUCUCCUUGUUAGCAGACUUUGUGUUUGAGAGUUUUUCAUAAUAUGAAGGUUGAUUUCUGCUCUUAGAUUCACUGGAGACGCAUGGAAUUGCAGAUGCUGAUUUACAAAAACCCCCCACAAAAUGUGGGAUAACUCAGCGGGUCAUGCAGCACCUCUGGAAUGCAUAGAUAGGUGAUGUUUCCAGUUUCCAUGCGCUCUCUCAUAUUUUGGGUUUUGAGAUCAAGAAUGAGGGUGUUGGGAGUCUCUUGAAGAGGAAUAAGGUGGAUAAGUCCCCAGGGCUUAAUUUGAUCAAUACCAUUUUAUUGAGAGAGGAAAUUGCUGGGAUCUUGACAGAGACCAUUGCAUCUUCUCUGGCCACAGGUGAGGUCAUAGAUUCAUACAGUGUGGAAACAGGCUCUUUGGCCCAACUCAUCCAUGCUGACUAAGCUGGCAUCUAAGCUAGUCCCAUUUGCACGUGUUUGACUCAUGACCCCUAAACCUUUCCUAUCCAUGUACCUGUCCAAGUGUCUUUUAAAUGCUGUUAUAGUACCUGCCUCAACUACCUCCUCUGGCAGUUGAUUCUAUAUUCUCGCCACAAAAGUUGCCCGUCAGCUUCAUAUUAAAUCUUUCCCUGCUGACUUUAAACCGGCAGCCUCAAAUUUCUGAUUUUCCCACAAGUAAGAUUCCACUGAGUAAAAAACUAUGUGUCUUUACUUUAUCAAUUCCCCUUGAUUUUAUACAUCUCUAUAAGAUCACCUCUCAGCCUUCUGCAUUCCAAGGAAUAAAGUCCUAGCCUGCCAAACCUAUCCCUACAGCUCAGGCUUUCAAAUCAUGGCAACAUCCUUCUAAAUCUUUUCUGCAUUCUUUCCAGCUUAAUGACAUUUCUAUAGCAUGGAAAUCAAAACUAUCAAAACUUAACACUAUACUCCAAAUGCAGCUUCACCUUCUAUUCUCGAUGCCCUGGCUGGUGAAGGUACCAAAAGCUUUCUUUAUCAGUAUAUCUAUCUGUGAUGUGUAGGAAGGAACUGCAAAUGCUGGUUUAAACCGAAGGCAGACACAAAAUCCUGAGGUAACUCAGCGGGACAGGCAGCAUCUCUGGACGAAGAAAUGGAUAAAGGAGGGAUGGAAAAUGAGGGAGUGCAGGGGUUACUUGAAGUUAGAGAAAUACUACUGGGUUGUAAGCUGCCCAAGCGAAAUAUGAGAUGCUGUUCCUCCAAUGUACAUGUGAUGCCACUUUCAGGGAACCAUGUACCUAUACUUCAAGAGUGCUCUGGUCUACAACACUCCCCAGAGGCCUGAAAAGUAGCCAAUGUUGCUCUUUUGUUUAAGAAGAGAAAUAAGGAUCAUUGAGAAAACCGUAGGCCAUUGAGCCUCACAUCAGUGUUGGGGAAGCUACUUGACAGGAUGCUUUGGGUUCGCAUUUACUCGCAUUUGAAUUGUAGAACAGGUGCAAAGUGCUAAAUGACCAUCUACUGUUUCUACAUUCCAAUUUUUAUUUCCCUGGAGAAUAUCCACUGUAUUCCAGCAUUUCACACAUCCAUCAAUUGUGCCCAGAUGAUUCUUGCUGAGAACAGUACAACACAGGUUGAUGCCAAUUUAAACUGUACAUCUACCUGCACAUGGUCUGUAUCCCUCUAUUCCUUGCCUGUUUGUGUGUCUGUCUAAACGUCCCUCAAACGCUGCUAUCGCAUCUGCUUCCAUUUCUCCUGGCAGCAUGUUUGUUUUUUCAACUUCCCACACUCCACAGACACUUCCUACUUGUUGCCACAUAGGUCUAUAAACCAUAAGUAUGUGAGAUAACCUUAGUUUAAUUUAAGCCUAGUGCUAAAUUGUGACAAAGAUAGACACAAAAUGCUGGAGUAACUCAGCGGGGUCAGGCAGCAUCUCUAGAGAAAAGGAAUUGGUUACGUUUCGUGUCGGAACCCAUCUUCAGACUCUUCUGAAGAUUCUGAAGAAGGAUUCAAACCCGAAACAUCACAUUCCUUUUCUCCAGAAAUGCUGCCUGACCUGCUAUGUUAUUCCAGCAUUUUGAGUCUAUCUUUGGUAUAAACCAGCAUCUGCAGUUCCUCUACACCCUAAAUGAUGGCAGUUGUUUCCUUACCUACAUUGCCACUGUUAGACUAGGCAUCAGAUAUUUGAAGUUGCCCAAUAAAUACUAUGUCCUUGGGACUGACAACUAUAAUAUUCAUAACCGAAAUACUGUUUUGUACUGUUUUUGAUAAAUGUAGAUAAAAUGUCACAUCAUAAUGUGUUGUAAUUAUGAUGGCUUAAACGUUUUAAUAUAAUUACUAGAAAGGUGAUUUGAAAAUUUUAAGUUGAGAAUUUUCUAAAGAAAGCCAUGGAUCACAUCUCACAAACUGUGUACCACAUCAGCACUUAUGGCAAAGAUCCCAUACAGUUUAAUUAUUUUAUGUUGGAAAUGUAAAGUUUGCUAGAAGCAAUUUUGCAAGCCAAGUACAAGAUUUAGUUAUAAAAAAUGGACACGAAGUGCUGUAGUAACUCAGCCGGUCAGGCAGCAUUUCUGGAGAACAUGGAUAGAUGACGUUUCGGGUUGGGAUAGUUAUUUCUGCUGAUAAAUCAGGCUCAGAUAAGAUGAUAGGUCUCUAGUUGCAGAAGCAGCAGAAAAAGACAAUGCAAGUUUUUAAGAACAUAUUCAGAAACUGAUUGCAUUUUUCCAUAUUUUGUUAAUCUAGUAGCAAUGUUACAGAAUUUUGAGAUAUUAAAAAUCAAGUCUGUAAUUUAUCCCAUCAGAUAAAGCAUAAAGAGAUGUUUAAUUUGACACCUAAUUCACUUUCAUAUCUUCAGUAUUAAAAAAGUUAUGGCCAUUUUCAUACUCGGAAAUUAGCAUCUUUUUCCCUAUUGCUUUUCCAUUGACUUAACUCAAAAGCUGUGGUCAAGGACAGUCAAAAGCCCAUAACUUUCUUAAAA